CAUCGAUCCGCGAGGAAAGCUUCUCCAGAAGAGUUGGUUUCUCAGUGCAGUUCCUGCGCCGUGCCUGCACGUAGAGAGAGAGAGAGAGAGAGAGAGAGAGAGAGAGAGAAGAUGCUGAAGUUUCUGUCGAAGGUGAAGAUCGAGUUCAACGCGCUGGACCCGCGCAUCGCCUCGUGCAUGGAGUUCUUGGCCCAGUGCAACGCCCGCAAGGCCAAGGAGUCGAACCCGGCGUGCCAGGUGGUGGUCAAGCGCCGCACCGACGACCACCCGCCGCAGAUCGCCGUCACCUUCGUCAACGGCGUCGAGGAGGUGUUCGACGGCACCACCACCACCGCCCAGAGCAUACGGACCAUGAUCCUCGACAAGGGUCAGCACCUGGAGACGGAGCAGAUGUUCCGCGAGGCCGGCGAGGCCUGGCCCGUCAUCAUCCCCGAGGAGGAGCUGCGCCAGCCCGCGCCUGGCACUAAGCCAAGGAAAGCGGAGUAGCAGCAGCAGACACUGCGGGCCAUGAACGUGGGUGAACAGCCAGAGCCAUCAACUGAAACGAUGUGACUGGACCUGGUGUGCUGCCAAGAUGGGGUGACUAUGAAGAACACUACAUCGAAGAUUGUUUCUUAUGCUAGCUUGUGUCGUUCCUGUUCUAUCGGCAUUCUUGCUUCAUUUAAGGUUUCAGUUAUUUGAGAACUCCUCCGAGAUGCCAAAAGAGAACAAAAAAUUCCAUCUGCAGUUCUUUUAAUUUUGAUUUUACGUUUUCAUGGUGAUAAUACCCAGACGCGAGUGAACUUCUUUUGUGAUAGCAAUUUUCCCCGUCAAAACUAAAAGAAUAUGAUGCUGGUGUAGUUUCUCUGAA